AUGAAAGCUCUCCCUCACGCAAAGAUCAUCCCCCGCCGCUCCGCCGCCCGCGGCCACGCCGACCACGGCUGGCUCAACAGCUUCCACUCCUUCAGUUUCGCAAGCUACUACGACCCGGAGUUCAUGAACUUUGGUAGCCUGCGCGUACUCAAUGAAGACCGCGUCGCAGCCCACAGCGGGUUUCCCACCCAUCCACACCGCGACGCCGAGAUCUUCAGCUACAUUCUUAGCGGGGAGCUGACGCAUCGGGACAGCAUGGUUCGCAAGGGUGACGAGGGGGUAGAGGGGAAGAAGUUCUAUCAUAUGCGAAGGGGGGAUGUUCAAUUCACAACAGGAGGAACAGGAAUCGCUCAUUCGGAAAUGAACGAGUCCGAUUACCCCGUUCACUUCCUUCAGAUCUGGGCUCUUCCCUGGUCUCAAGGCCUGAAACCAAAUUACCACACGAAAUCGUUCAGCGAGGAAGCUAAACGCAAGUCCUUCCUCCCGAUUCUAUCGCCCCUCGCGGCUGGAAGGGGCGCUUCCCCCGCUGAAGAAGAGGCGGCAGUGCCCAAAAUCCCGGAUACCAUUCCCAUCCACGCGGACUUUGUCAUGGGCGCCGGUCUGAUCGCCCCGGACAAACGGUUCAAAUGGACGGUUGGUGGCGGUGCGGAUGUCGUCGACAGCAUCAAAGACAGAAAGGUCUACGUCCAUGUGCCCAUGACCAAGAACGGGAGCGCGAAGAUCCGUCUCGAUGGCCGGGAGCAGGCCGUCCUGGGAGAAGGCGAUGGCGCGUUUGUCUCGGGGGUUAAUGUCGGCGACGAGCUUAGCGUCGAGAGUAUCGGCGAGGCGGAGGCUGAGGUGAUCAUUCUGGAUAGUAAUUAA